CUCGGGGGGGGGACAGCUGAGAGUUUUUUGCACGUGGGUCGUUGUUCUGCUCGUCUAGAUGGAGACAGUCCCUAGGCCGGGCAGGGGUCCCCAGUCCAAAAAGAACAAACCUCAGGCCAAGCGGAAGAAACCGCGGAGAUACUGGGAGGAAGAGACCGCUCCUACCGCUGCCGGGGCCUCUCCUGGGCCCCCUCGCAAAAGGAAGAAUCUGGAGCUCGGCCGCCACAGGCAGAAGAACUCUCACAGCUCAAAGAAGUCUUGGCUCUCCAAGAAAUCCCAGUUUCCAAGGAAGUCCCAAGAACAGAAGCAGCCCGGAGGAGAGAAAAAGCCGGGGCCCCAGCGGAGCUUGUCUGGGUUCCAGGACCCUUUCCCAGGCCCCGCCCCCGUGCCCGAAGAGGUGGCCCGGAAGUUCUGUCGGAUUGACCGAUCCAAAGAGCUGCCGCAUUCUCUGCCUAAAACCCGAAGCAAGCUUGAGGUUGCCGAAAGGGUAGAAGAAGAGAUAAGCGCCAAAGCUGCUCGUUCUGAGCUGCUGCUUGCCGAGGAACCUGGGUUUCUGGAAGGGGAGGAUGGGGAGGACACAGCCACGAUCCGCCAGGCUGACAUCGUGGAGGCUGUGGACAUUGCUAGUGCAGCCAAGCACUUUGACUUGAAUCUGCGGCAGUUCGGACCCUACAGGUUGAACUACUCUCGAACUGGGAGACAUCUGGCUUUUGGAGGGCGUCGGGGUCAUGUGGCUGCCCUCGACUGGGUGACAAAGAAGCUAAUGUGUGAGAUCAAUGUCAUGGAGGCCGUGCGGGACAUCCGUCCACCGAGCCACCGCUUCCCCAGGUUUCUCCACUCAGAGGCACUGCUUGCCGUGGCUCAGAACCGCUGGCUUCGCAUCUACGACAACCAAGGCAUAGAGCUCCACUGCAUCCGGCGCUGUGACCGAGUAACGCGGCUUGAGUUCCUGCCCUUUCACUUCCUUCUGGCCACGGCUUCAGAGACAGGGUUCCUGACCUACCUGGACGUGUCUGUGGGGAAGAUCGUGGCAGCUCUGAAUGCACGGGCCGGGCGCCUCAAUGUCAUGGCUCAGAACCCAUACAACGCCGUCAUCCACCUUGGACACAGCAACGGUACGGUCUCUUUAUGGAGUCCAUCUGUGCAGGAACCACUGGUAAAGAUUCUCUGUCACCGUGGUGGUCUUCAGGCUGUGGCAGUGGAUUCUACAGGCACGUACAUGGCCACCUCUGGCCUGGACCACCAGCUGAAGAUCUUUGAUCUGCGAGGGACGUUCCGGCCUCUGAGCGCCCGGACACUGCCACAGGGAGCGGGGCACCUGGCCUUUUCCCAGCGGGGCCUGCUGGCUGCGGGCAUGGGUGACGUGGUCAAUAUAUGGGUGGGGCGGGGCAAGGCCAGCCUGCCCCCGCUGGAGCAGCCCUACCUCACCCACCGGCUGGCCGGCCCCGUACACAGCCUGCAGUUCUGCCCCUUCGAGGAUGUGCUGGGGGUCGGGCACAGCGGUGGCAUCACCAGCAUGCUGGUCCCGGGGGCUGCCGAGCCCAACUUUGACGGCCUGGAGAGCAACCCGUACCGCAGCCGCAAGCAGCGGCAGGAGUGGGAGGUGAAGGCCCUGCUGGAGAAGGUGCCUGCAGAGCUCAUUUGUCUGAACCCCCGAGCCCUGGCAGAGGUUGACGUCAUCUCUCUGGAGCAGCGGAAGAAAGAACGGACAGAGAGGCUGGGCUUCGACCCCGAGGCCAAGGUGCCCUUUCAGCCUAAGCCCAAGCGGAAGGGCCGCGGCUCCACCGCCAGCCUGGUGAAGAGAAAGAAGAAGGUCCUGGACCAGGAGCACAGGGACAAAGUCCGGCAGAGCCUUGAGCAGCAGCAGCAGCAGCAGCAGCAGCAGGCCAAGCCUGCAGGGGUGCGGCUGUCCGCCCUGGACAGAUUUGUGCGUUGAGCCAGGCUCUGUGGUGGCCUGGAACAGUGACCAGUCCCUAAGGUCACCUGGAGAGAUGACUGUUCCCUGGCAGGACAGGACAGUGGGUCCGUAUUAAAAGAAACAAGUUUUGGGAUACUGUGGCCAUGCUGGGCUGAGAGGA